AUUUCGAGGAGGAGGCACUCAUUUCCAUUACGGAGCGGACAAAUACAUUGCUUCAAUUGCUAACAUGUUGAACUUUUCAAAAAAUAUCUUGAAUAAUGAGGGGAAUGUACGCACAGUUUUUGAUGUUGGUUGUGGUGUUGCUAGCUUUGGAGGCUAUCUUCUUUCAUCUGAUAUAAUAGCAAUGUCCUUAGCACCAAACGAUGUGCAUCAAAAUCAGAUCCAAUUUGCAUUGAAAAGAGGAAUUUCUGCAUCUCUUGGUGUUCUCGGAACAAAGAGACUUCUGUAUCCAAGCCGUUCAUUUGAGUUUGCUCGUUGUUCUCGUUGUAGGAUUGAUUGGUUGCAAAGGGAUGGAAUUCUUCUUCUCGAGUUAGAUAGAGUUCUUAGACCGGGAAGCUAUUUUGCCAACUCCUCUCCGGAAGCAUAUGCACAGGAUGAAGAUGAUCUUAGAAUAUGGAGACAAAUGAGUGCACA